CAGGGCAGCGCAGGCAGGGAGGGCAGGGCAGGCAGGGGCUGGACACUGCAACUGCCGGAGCACAGAGAGCGGCACCAGAGCUGAAGAUCUGGUUUUAGGAGCAAAGAAAGAGAACGAACGAGAGGCGACACCCCAAAGGCAAACCGAGGAACCCCAAUAACUUUGGAUGGAGGUGAAGCAGUUGUUUGUGAGGUAAUGAAAGAAUUCAAUCGGGUGCUUGCUGGAACUCCCAGGGCAUUCCUUAGCCCAUUCCCUCCUGAAGGAGUACCUGAAGACUAGAACAACUUAAGUCAGUGAAUCUGGGCUCCUGCCGUGGGGAGCAAAAGCAUAAGAGUGUGUGUGUGUGUGUGUAUAUAUAUAUAUUAUAAUAUAUACAUAUAUCAGGGAAUUUAGAGCUCCCGCAGUCAUCUCCCCAAAAGUAUCCAUUGUCAAUAUAAAAAUGGAGACACUUUCUCAAGAUUCCCAGCUGGAAUGUCAGAUAUGUUUCAAUUACUUCAGCCCCCGUCGUCGCCCGAAGCAGCUGGACUGCAAACACACCUGUUGUUCUGUCUGCCUCCAGCAGAUGAGGAGCAGCCAGAAGGAGCUGAGGUGCCCCUGGUGUCGAACUGUCACCAAGCUCUCCCCGAGCGUCUCGGUAUCUCAGCUGCCUGACGACCCAGAAGUAAUCACCGUGAUCAGCAUCCCGCACACCUCCGACCACACCCCGGUCUUUAUCAAGCUUCCAAGCAACGGGUGCUACAUGCUACCUCUGACUGUUACUAAGGAGAGCGCACUGUUGCCAGGAGAAGGGGGCUGUCGCUUAUUGCCAGGAAACCAGCGGAAGACCUUAACGGCUGUGGUGAUCCCAGGGGAAAGUCAGCAACUCCAACAGCUGCAACACGGACUGAGGAGGGAGGAAGAGGAGGAGCAGGAGGAGGAAGGCCGGGAAGGUGUCAAAACUUCCACCUGCUCAGGUGUUUGCACUGUGCUGCUCGUGGCCUGCGUGCUCCUGUUCUUGUUGGGCAUCGUCCUACACAACAUGUCCUGCAUCUCAAAGCGAUUCACCGCCAUCUCCUGUGGCUGAGCUGAGCAAACUCGUCAUCUUAAAAAAAAGUUUCUCCACGUUUUACCUGCUGUGUCAGAUUCCCAGACUGGGACUCAAUUGAAAGAUAAAACUGAAGGACUUGGUUCUGUUGGAGCAAAGAGGUUACACAUCAAUCAGUGCUGGGGAAGUUGGAACAAAAAAUGCAUAAAAAUUGCAAAAAAAUCACUCAGUUGCGAAGCGAUUGAUGCUUAGGGGGUAAUUUGCUAAAUCGGGCAAAUGGUUCUUUGUGGUGGAUUUUGCUGGUAAUUUUGCAUUUGGAAGCAGAAAAUAUGCAGAAUUAAUGGGAAGUGAUCUCCCUUGUGAGAUUCUGUAUUUCUAAAGUGUUAAAUAUAGUCUCCCUUUCGAUGGGUGUUGCAAUAAAGCUAUCUGCAGGUUAACUUGAAUCAUUAUUCAGCGGCAGGUGUCUAGAGUCACCAUCUUGUACACUGAAUACUAAACUUUACUGUUUGAAUCCAAGCUUUAGUUCUUUGUAGUUGUAGCAGUCCUGCAAUGGUGAAACUCAUAUAUUUGUCACCAGUGUCUGGUGUGCAGGAACGUAAUUUAGACUGACAGGCAUAGUGAUAGAAAAAUGCACAUCAAAUGCAACAAUUUUCUUUAGGCUAAAAUCAUUUAAAUUAGCCUAGUAUAAUUUUUAAAACUUUAGAAAAAAAUACUGUGUUGAUCUUGAACUAGUUUUUAUUUUUAUUUUAUUUUUUAGAUCUGUGUACAAUAAAUGUUUUUGAAUCUUGUCUCAUAGACCACAGUAAUAUAGGUACAACAACUUAGAUACUUUUAGUCAGAUUGCAGUUGUUGACUCAAUACAGCUUUGUCAUAUUUUGUACGUGAGCAGAAUUUGACAGUAAAUAGUUAAAUGAGCUGUGAUCACGCUUUUCUGAUAGUGUGAAGCUAAGCUGUAAAUGGUGAUUGUUUUAAUUGCCUUUUCACUGUAACGUAGUUCAUGCAUUUUAGUAAGAAUUAUAAAGAUGUGUUACUGGAAGUCAUUUUAGUUAGACUUGACCCUGAAAUGGAUAUUUUACUUAGUAACAAUGUAAGUUGUAAUUUUGCUGUGGCAAAUAUACCACAUGGCAAUUGCAGGCUUAUGUCUUGGAUUUGCUGACAGAUAUGGGUUUUGCACCAUUCUGAUAGAAUUUUUUAUGAAUUAUAUUUAAAAUCAGGUCCCUCUUCCCCGCGUUCAACUCAUUCAUUAUGAAAGAUCUAAUUUCUUAUCCUCUAUUAAUAGUUGCUGGGCAUUGUAGAGGGAUGUGGAAUGAUGGUGCUGGACUAAUUGUGAAGUGAUCGCAAACUAAAGCAAUUCACAGCACAACAUUAAUGUGGUGAAUGGAUUAAAAUGGGUUAAUGUGGGAGUGGAUAAUUUUGGUGAUGACAUCAAUUGACAAGGCAUAAGAAUGAACAAACCAUUCAGGGUAGAGCAAGGGUGUGUGUAUGGAGUGGAUGGAGAGAAAUCAGGCUCCUAAGCAGGACAGAUAAAAUAUAAUUGUUCACUCUGUCUGAAUUGGCAUUUGUUACUUCCAACCUCCCCCUAUGAGAGAGAAGAAAUUAGAAUCCCACUCCAGAUUUGUCUCUGAAAUCAAGUUGGGAUUCAUAAAAUGCUGACAUUUUUCUUUUCAACCGUUUAUCGAGUUAGGUCUGCAGUGCCAUUGCCUAUUCUAUUUUUUCCUGAAUGUUUUAAUGUACAGUUUUGGUCUUGCCCCAGUAGGCAAGGCAACCUCAGGCUUUAUCUGCCUGUUCCAGUUCAGUGGAUACAAGUGAUAUAUAUCCUUUUCUUUAGCACUUUUCUCUCCCCCACUCCAUCCCCCUCGUCUUCUCCUCCCCCACACAUAUACACGCUUUGCAUUUUCUCCUCCCCACGUGUACCUUCUCCUCAGCAAACUGGUUAACGGACCAGCCAGACACUUCAGCUAAUAGCCCGGUGGUGCUAUCCACCGCUGGUAAAGUGUUUCCUCUUAUAAUGUGUUAUUUAUUUUAUUGACCUGUCUUUGUGACAAAACCAACUUUGAAUGUUAUGAACUGCCAUAUUAUGUACACGUUACGGUAACAAACUGCCCAAUAUUGAGUUUGUAAGAGAUGAUCUAUCUGCUGUUUAUAAUUGCUGACUGUUGUAGUGUCUUUGUGCUUACUCUUUGUAGCAAAGAAUGCAUGAAGCUGCAAGUAGGAUUUUUCCACUGACCUGAUUUUCUGAUCAUGUAUUUUUAAAACUUGCACAAUGGGUGUAGCUAGUGUUGAUUUUAGUUCAUUGAUAAUUGUAAACAAUCACAUUGAUAUAGUUUAAACAUGACCACUGUACUGUGAUUCUGGUAGUAUUGGCAACAUUACUCAGCAGUUUAUAAUAAACUUACGUAGGCCAAGUCAUUUAUUAAAGCUUCAAGACCCACUUUAAUUAUU